AAAAUUUACAAAAAGAAGAAACCAGUCGCGUGGUUGAAAUCCAAAAACUUCCGCUCAGUUUAGAUAAUUUAAGGGCGGGAUUGGAAUUUAUAAUUAAUUGGAUUAAUAGUGCGACCCUCGCCCACGAAGAAAUCACCCCCGAAAGUAUUUUAGAAAAUUUAAAUAUUUAUUUGAACUCUAUUUUACUGGUGGAAACCACUAACAUUCAUAAUUUAACCACUGGCACGAAUUAUCAUUCCGCUUUACAGCAGAUUUCCAGCACGGUUAAGCAGUUAGAAAAUCUUGUUAAUGAAAAAAUCGAGGCCUUUUUGGAGUUGAAUUUGAUUGAAAAACAAGCCCGAGAACUGGAAAAAACCAAUCAAAAACAAGUGAAAAUGAUUAAUGAUUUAGCAGAAGAAAAAUCCGCAAGUUCAGUGGUUAAACCUUCGCCCUUGGUUGCCACGAAAAAGGAAGAAUUAAAAGAUAAAGAUAUCGAAAAUUUGGUUUCGCAACUUGCCAAUACCGAAAAGGAAAAAGAAAACUUAACUCUCUUCAAUAAGGCUCUUGAUGGAAAAAAUCACCAUCUAAAAAUAGCCUUAAAAAAUAAAGAGGAGGAAAUUAAAGAAAGAAUUAAUUUUACGGCUCAAUUUCGGGAUAAAUUAAGAGAUAAAGAUUACUCUAUUUAUAGUUUAACCGAGCAAAAAAAUAAAUUAUUUGCGGAGGUUGAGCAACUCCAAGCCGAAUUAAAAGCCACCCAAGAAGAACUAGAAAUUAAUCGCCAGUCCGUGCUAAAAAUUGAAACUGAGAAUGAAAAAGGUCAAAUUAUCACUCGUUUUAUCACGGUUGCCGAUUAUUACCAAUUAGAAGAGGAAAACCUUACUCUUCAACAUAAUUAUGAAAAAUUGGAAAGAAUGAAAAAGCGACGCAGCACAAGUUCGUUGAGUAGUUCCUCGGGCAAAAAUAGCCAGCCCAAUUCGCCACAACUUGAUAAUUCAACCCGCCUUAGUGAAUUAGAAAAGAUUAAUGAAGAAUUAAACGAAGAAAUUAGGGAACUACACCAACAAUUUAACUCUUUUAGGGAAGAAAAGGCUCCCGCUCCGGUUAUCACCCCCAAGGUCAAAGGUAAGGAAAAAGUGGAAAACUGCUCCGCUUGUGUGCUAAAUCUCGCGGUGGUCGAAAAUCGCCAAAAAGCCCUUGCUAAAAAUGAACGAACUAUUCAAGAAUUAACUCGGGAAUUGGAAGUAAUAAAAAAACUGGGUGAGGAAAAGGAGAAAAUAAUUAGUGGUUAUCAAGUGGUUAGUGGGGAGUUAACCAGUGCCUUAGAAAAUACGGAAGCCGAAGCGGAAGUUUUAAGGAAAACUGUGGGAGAGUUAAGCGAGAAAAUAAGGCAAAGCGAAGCCGAAAAAAAGGAAAUUAGCGAAAAUCUUAGUUUUUUACAAACUUCUCACUCGCAGGUCAGCAAAAAUCAGACCAUAAAUAUCACUAAUGGACUAGCGAUGUAUCAAUUCAUUCAUGAAUUAGCCGAAGCCAAUGGCAGUAAAGAACAUGCUACCGUGAUUAAAGAGGCUUGGAGAAAUAUUGAAGAGGAAAGAAAAAAGUUUGCCAUGGAAGAGGAGCGAUUACUGAAAGCUUGGGGUGAUUGUAAAAAAGAAUUAGAAAAAUUAAAUAAGUCUUUUCAAGAAAGAGGAAAAAAACUUAGUGAUUUACAGGAAGAAAAUGAGAAAUUAAAAUCACAACUAGCCGAAGCUAAGAAUAAUAUUAGAGAAUUAGAGAAAACCACGGCUGACCUAAAAUUGGAAAACGAACGGCAAGAAAGAGAAAUAAAUCAUUUAAAGACCAAAAACGGAGAAUUAGCCACUAGUCAAGCCGCUGAAACG